CUUAGCAGUUUCCACUUCUUGCAAUUUACAACUUUUGAGACUCUUCAAGCUUUCACAGAAGAAACCUUUGCAACUUUCUUGCAAUUACUUCUGCGUUUGAGAGCUUUGCUAUCUUUGCAUCUUUUCGUGAUUCAAUAUUCCUUUCCACAAAGAAAACUAUGGCAGUAGGAGAGAUUUUCCUUGCUGCGUUCCUCCAAGUGUUGUUUGAAAAACUGAUGUCUCCGGAGUUGCUGAAGUUUGCACGUAGAUACGAGGGACUUGGAGAAAAGCUGGGAAAGUGGAAGAAAACGUUGUCAAGAAUUGAGGCCGUGCUUGAUGAUGCGGACCAGAAGCAACAUACUGAGAGGGCAGUGAAACAGUGGCUGGAUGAUCUUAGAGACUUGGCUUACGAUGUGGAGGAUAUACUUGAUGAGUUCGCCACGGAAGCUUUGCUACACGAAUUGAAGGGAGAAAAUCAAGCCAGUACAAGUAAGGUACGCAACCUCAUCCCUACUUGUUGUACUGGUUUGACUCCACAUGCUCUUAAGAUCAACAUUAGGCUACAGUCAAAGAUCACUGAAAUUACCAAUCGAUUCAACGAUCUGGUGAAUCAAGAAGAUGAAUUGAGAUUAUUGAAAGGAACUGCCGAUGGGAGGUCAUAUAGGAAAACAGGGACUAUGGCACCAACUUCUGUAGUGACUGAGCCGCAUGUUUAUGGCAGGGACAGUGAUAAAGAGGCUCUAUUUGAACUGUUGCUGAGUGAAAAAUGUAGGAAUGCUCAACUCUCAGUGAUUCCUAUACUCGGUAUGGGGGGUAUAGGAAAGACAACUCUUGCCCAGGAUUUAUUCAAUGAUAAAAAAGUGGAAGGCCUUUAUGAUCUAAAAUCAUGGGCUUGUGUUUCUGAAGAUUUCGAUGCUGAGAGAGUCACCAAAACAAUUUUACAAUCUCUAACCGAUGAGAAUUGUAAUGGCAAAGAUCAAAAUUGGUUGCAAGUCAAACUCAAGGAGAAACUAGAAGGCAAGAAGUUUCUAGUGGUUCUGGAUGAUCUUUGGAAUGAGAAAUACCAUGACUGGACUAUCUUACGUGCUCCUUUCCUAACAGGGGCUCUGGGAAGUACAAUUGUCAUCACAACUCGCAAUGAGGGAGUUUCAUCAACGACAGGCACCGUCCCAGCUUACCCUUUGCUUGUGUUAUCAGAUGAUGCUUGUUUGUCUUUAUUUACCCAACAUGCAUUGGGGGCAAGCGAUUUUAGUGCGCAUCCAAACCUUCAAGAUAUUGGCGAGGAAAUCGUUAAAAGGUGUAAAGGCUUGCCUUUGGCAGCAAAAACCCUCGGAGGCCUCCUACGCACUAAACGGGAUCGUGAUGGGUGGAAGGGUGUAUUGGAGAGCAAGAUUUGGAAUAUACGAGAAGAGAAAAAUGAAAUUGUUCCAGCUCUUAUGUUGAGCUAUCACCACCUGCCUUCUCAUUUAAAGAGAUGCUUCGCGUAUUGUUCCAUACUUCCCAAGGACUAUGAAUUUGAAGAGCAACAACUAGUUCUAUUAUGGAUGGGAGAAGGUCUAAUUCAGCAACAAGAAGGGGAUGAGCAAAUGGAAGAUUUGGGUAGCCAGUAUUUUUGCGAUCUAUUAUCAAGGUCCUUUUUCCAACAAUCAAGUACAGAUAAAUCACGAUUUGUGAUGCAUGACCUCAUCAACGAUUUGGCUCAGUGGGUUGCAAAAGAUAUAUGCUUUAGAAUGGAAGAUAGAAUUGAGGGCAUCAACAAAGGACAAAUUUCUAAAAAAGUUCGGCAUUUGUCAUUCCUGGGUGACUGUUUUGAUGGCCCUAAAAAGUUUGAGGUUUUUUCUGAACUCACGUGUCUACGUACCUUCAUGCCUCUUAUGCUACCUAGGAUAUGGAGCUGUUAUUUGACUCAUGAUGUUCCUCUUAAAUUGCUGUCGAAAUUACUACGUUUAAGGGUGCUCUCUUUGAGUGAGUACUGCAUAGUUGAGCUACCGAAUUCAAUUGGUGAUUUAAAGCAUCUACGAUACCUUGACCUUUCUUACACUAAGAUUAGAGGCUUGCCUGAAUCAACAACCACUCUUCGCAACUUACAGACAUUGAUAUUGAAGAACUGUUAUUAUCUAAAGGAUUUGCCUUCAAAGUUGGGGAACCUAGUCAGCUUGCGCCACCUCAACAUUCUCAAUGCAAAUAAAUUGGAAGGAAUGCCUCCUCAAAUAGGUAAAUUAACUUGUCUCCAAACAUUGUCUAAUGUAAUUGUGGGAAAAGGCAAUUGCUUCACAUUAAAAGAGUUAGGUUCUUUGUUGCAUCUUCGAGAGUCACUCAUCAUAUCACAAUUGGAGAAUGUCGUUGAAUCCAGGGAUGCUAAGUUAAUUGAAAAGCUCGAUCUUUCUACAUUGUGUUUGGAAUGGAGUCGGAACAUUGAUGAGUCAGAAGACAGAACAAGCGAACUAGAGAUACUUAACAUGCUACAUCCAAACAAGUCUUUGAAAGAGCUAGCUAUUAAGUGCUAUGGUGGUAUAGAAUUUUCAACUUGGUUAAAAGGUAAUUCAUUUCCUAAUAUGUUGCUCCUAAGGAUUGAAAAUUGUAGAAAGUGCACAUCACUGCCAGCAGUCAGCCAACUACCAUUACUCAAACACCUUUUCAUUAAAGGCAUGGACGGUGUGAAGAAUGUUGGUCAUGAAUUUAAUGGGGAAGGUUGCUCACAAGCCUUUAGAUCUUUGGAGACUUUGCAUUUCGAGGAUAUGGAAGAAUGGGAGAAUUGGAGCCCUAAUGGAGAGUUCCCGCACCUGCGUGAGCUUUCAAUUAAAAAUUGUCCCAAGCUGUUGGGGACGUUACCAAACCACCUUCCUUCACUACAAAAUAUUGUUAUAAAAGGAUGCGAGCAAUUGGUUGUUCCAAUCUCAAGUUUCCCGGAGCUUUGCAAACUAAAAAUUGAAGAAUCAAUAGGGGUGGUGCGCAAAGGUAAGGUGGACUUCACCUCACUGAACUCUGAGUCUCUAUCAACAAUUUUGAAAUUCAGAUCUCCAAUAGAAGGGUUUAUGAAUGUAGAAGAUUUAACGAUUGACAAUUGUGAGGAGCGAAUGCCUUUUUGGUCAAAUGAUGUUGGAUUCCUACAACCCCUCCCCCGUCUUCGUAAUAUGGAGGUUCGCAGAUGUCAAAAACUAGUUUCUUUGGUGGCAGAAGAAGUAAAAGAGCAGCCACAACAGGGUAUGCCAUCCACACGCAGUCCCAUAGAAUCUUUGCCAAAGGCAGUGGUGUACAACAGCAUGUUUCUUGAGUGUAUUUAUAUUCAUGAAUGUGAUUCGCUGACGCACAUUGCAAUAGGCCAGCUACCUCCAACUCUAAAGCGCCUAGAGAUACAUUAUUGCAAGAAUAUGGUGAUUUUGGUGGACGAGGAUGAUACGAACAGCAGCCGUAGCAUCACAUCUCUUCUUGAGUACUUGGUUAUUGGCACGUGUCCAUCCUUCAAAUCCUUAACAUCUAGCGAAGAAUUUCCUGCAACACUUAAACACCUCCGCAUUACCCAUUGUGAAAUGCUAGAGUCAGUGGCGAAAACGUUCCAUCACAGCUCAUCUCUUGAAAGAAUUUAUAUUGACGAUUGUGAAAACCUUAAAUCCUUACCCAUGGGCAUACACAGCCUUAGCCAUCUACAACGUAUUGAGAUUGAGAGAUGCUCAACUCUUGUUUCCUUCCCGGACGGAGGGUUGCUUCCUCGCAACCUUAGAACGCUGUCGAUUCGAUAUUGUAAGAAUAUGCAGGCCCUACCCAACUCCAUACACAACAUCACCUCUCUUCAAGAAUUGUGGAUAGAAAAAUGUCCAGGCAUUGUAUCCUUUCCGGACGAAGGUUUUCCCCCCAACUUAACAUCACUUAAAGUCAGAGAUUGCAACAUAACUGAGGCCUUGCUUAAGUGCGGAUUGCACAGGCUUACCUCUCUUCAACAUCUUGAAAUUAGAGGUGGAUGUCUGCAUCUGGAAUCCUUUCAAGAGAUGAAGCUGCCUGCUUCUCUAACCACCCUCAUCAUCAGAAACUUCCCGAAUUUGAAAUACUUAUCUUCCAAAGGCCUUCGAUACCUCUCCUCUCUUCAAACUCUGAAAAUUGGUUGGUGCGAAAAGCUGAUGUCGUUUCCAGAUGAUGGUCUGCCUCCCUCACUCUUGGAUCUUCGCAUCAUUUACUGUGAAAAGUUCACAUCCUUUCCAGAGGAUGGUCUGCCUCCCACACUCCAGCAACUUCAUAUUGCAAACUGUCCUCUGUUGAAAGAACGCUGCAAGAAAGAUCAAGGACGAGACUGGAACAAGAUAGCCCACAUUCCUUGCGUUAAAAUUGAUGGUAACUUCAUCUAUGACCCAAAACCAGAAGAGGAGAAUCAGACCAUGAAUCUAGGGCGCCUAGAAUUGGCUUUUUAUCGGUAAGACAACUCUUUUGGUUGGGGCUCUUCUUUGAUUUCCCGUGCAUUUUGGGUCUCCAUCACAUAACGGAAGGCUCCUUUGACUGUCUUCUGAAUGUUGUCGUUGGAAAACUCUCUUGCUGCUGUUAUUGUCGGUUUGGUGAACGUGCGACUAUUCUUGUUGGAGUUAACGGUAUCACAAGUGCUUGUUAAAAUGCCCAAACGACCAAGCAGAGAGAGAAGGCUUUCGACCAUUGAGUUUUUCACCACUAAUUGCAUGUUGCUGGUCAAUACAGAUUUGCGAAUCAUUACAAAAAGAUUGUAGGGUGGCCCAAAGUUCAUCUGAAACUGCCGAGAGCAUCAAAACAGAUUAAGCACUUUUAUAAAAAGGAAGGGGUGGAGGAGAGUUUUGGAGGAGAGUUUCUGGUGCCAUCCUACCGUGGCUCAUCUUUCCUGGACCCAAAGGGAAGGGGUUGCUCAACCGGUUAUGACAAUGCGGUUGCAUUGCCUACUGGAGGGAGAGUAGACGAGGAGGAGCAAGAGCAAGCCCGAGACAGGGGAGGUGAUUGGAGUGUUCGAGAGCAUCCAGAUCUGGGUGCCAAUGCCUCAAAAGAUGUGAAGAUCCAGGGGAUCAGAUUGUAAGAGCUGUGGACUUGAGAAGCUAAGAAUUUUAGAUCAUCGAGGGCGGGCCAAAGUUCUUUUGAAGCUGUUGUGAGCAUCAAAACAGCUUAAGCAUUUUUAUAAAAAGUUACAAAGGAGGUAGUCAUUCUGUUUUGGAUUUGUACUCGGUUAUUCUAUCUCUUGCCCAUGCCUACUCUCUUCUUGAAAGGGACACAAGUGCACAAGAGGAUAAAGAUGUGAUAAGUUCAAGUGUUAGUAGGAAUAUUUGUGGACGAAUUUGGAGUCCUAUUUUUCAACAGCCUUUUUAAUCCUAGAAAGCAAUCUACUCGACCAAAAGCUCCAUGGAGAAUGAGAAGGUGAAACAUAUGUUCAUGCAGAGUAUUCGAUUUGUGAAGAAAGUGCCUCUGUUGCCUUGAGAAAAAAGAGAAAGAACCUUAUAAAUCCCAAAUUCCGAGCCUAAAUUCCAAGCCAGGAGUACAUGUGCUUUUUGUCCAAUAUAUGGAAUCACACCCUUGUAGGUUGAAGCCGAAGUUUUCAAUGUUGAAAAUGUUGAUCAUGGAAAGAAUACUGAUGGUAAGGUCCGUGAGGAUGAAGAACGUGAAGGGAUUACAUUUUGCCAAGAUGGUGAUUACGAAUAUGAAGAGGUCAUAGGCUACAAAGGAGAUUGCCAUUGCUGUAUUGCGGUUUUGGAUUUGUACCCGACACUUGUGCCCAUUCCUACUCUCUUCUUGAAGGAGGCACAGGUGCACAAGAGGAGAUGCCUAGAAGGCAGAGUAAAGAUGUGAUCAAUUCAAUUGCUAGUUAGGAAUAUAUAUCAAUUUGUUUGGGGCAACUGAGUUUGUGGAUUCCCUGGAACUAAACAAGGAUUCUUAGGUCCUGAAGCUUGUUGAUGAAAGCAAAAGCAAUGUGUAUGUACUGUGGAAAAGCUUUUGAGAAGAACCAAGGGUCUCUUGCAGUAAUUGGAAACAGCAGAGCAAAAUUGCAGGCUCUCUUUUUACCUUUUUACUGCAAACAAUUGGGAUUGACUAGAGUAAUGCUGCCUAUGCUUAGGGAAAAUUGCCUGGAAAAUAGCGACGCUUGAAUCUUACAUAAACAAUGAAUGAGUGGGAUCUCUGCUUUGUGGUUCAUGACAAACGUUUAAAAUGUUGAGUCCUAAUUUUUUUCCAUGUGUAUUGAGAACUCUAGUGGUGUUGUUGGUGUAAAUGGUUUGUAAUGAAUGAGCUGAAGCAACGCGGGAAAACUUAGUUGUUGUUCAUUUGAAAUUU